UAGCACCAUGGCUUUACGUUUCAGCGCUGCGCUCUUUUUACUCUCAGUUCUCUCUUUGAGUUUAUCUGAAGUGAGGGUGAACCUCACAUCUGCUGUGGGAUCAUCUAUAACAUUCCCAGACCUGGUGAAGGAGAGAGGAUUUUUAGAUUUUAGAACAAAGACCAUUGCUUCUAUUUACAAUGGAGUUUUUGAUAUUGAAGAAGACAUUUACACAAACAGACUUCACUGGAACAGCAGCACUGGACACUUCACUCUCUCAGAUCUACAGAAAAAUGACUCUGGAGUUUAUGCCAUCGACUCUAAAAAAGGAAACGUGUUUUAUAAAUUAUAUGAACUAAAAGUCUACGAGCCAGUGUCACGUCCAGUAGUGUCCUGUGUGAACGUGAGCGCUGAUAUCUGCACUCUUCAGUGUUCAGUGACUCUCACGGAGCAGACCACACUGAGCUGGUUCAGAGGAGAGCAGCCUGUGGACAGCAGCAGCUCUGCAGUGCAGCUCCUCACUGUCCAACUGAGGAAAAACACCCCAGAGUACAAAUGUGUGGCUCAAAACCCCGCUGAUGAGAAGAUUGUUAUAGUUGAUAUUACUGCUGUCUGCACAUGCAAGAAGAAAGACUUGAGUAAUGAGCAAACAAAGAAUUCAGAUCUUAAGAUAACAGUAUAUUAUCCAGACAACGACAACAACGACAACAACAACGACAACCAGACCAAUGAUGAGGGCCACAGUGAUAUGAUCCGUCUUCUCUUGUGUAUCGCGGUGUUGAGUUGUACAAAAAACAAUUUUGUGCAAUAUUUCACAUUGCCCUUGUUUCCUUCCUCAGGGGUGUGUCUGACUGAGAACGAGUCUCAUUACAACACCAGAGCCAUAAACAGGAACACGGACGGCUCCACGGACUAUGGCAUUUUUCAGAUCAACAGCAGAUACUGGUGUAAAGAUGGAGGAGUGAGCGCCGCCAACGGCUGUGGAAUCAACUGCUCAGAUCUGCUCAGCGACAACCCAACAGUGGCCAUAAAUUGUGCCAAACGAUUCGUACGGGACCCCAACGGCAUCAGGGCCUGGGUGGCAUGGCGGCGGAACUGUCAGGGCCGAGACCUGAGCAGGUACCUCGCUGGAUGUGGAGUUUGAAAAAGAAAACCACAUGAAUGUCAUUGAAACAGCAUAAUCUUAGGCUUAGCUGCAUUUUAUUUUGAACGAGGCUAUAUGUAAGGUUCUUUUCUCCAUGAAGAUGUUGUUGUUUGAUUAGAUAGUUCCUCAAAAUGGUUUUAAAUUUAAUAAUCUCCAUGGAGACAAGCAAGUUACUCUACAAUCAAACACCUGUUAUUAAAUACAUACGAGAUAGAUACAGUCAUACCAUACUGUGGAACAUUCAAAACAAAACAAUAACAUUUUCAAGACAAGCAGGUGACGGACUCUCCACCAGAAAGUUGAAAUAAUGCAUCUUUCACACAGAAUCAGUUACAUUAUUUGUGAUUUCUUGCUGUAAACCUGAGGCAAUAAAGAGUUUGAAGCAUUUUA